AAUAAAAUAAAAAAUAAAAACCUGAAAAAUAAACUUGAAUCUUCACCGGACAGGUGAUGUGCGCAUGCUCGGCUCUCCUAUUGUUUUCAUGUUUUCAUUCAUCUCCGCACGCAGCGCGAACAAAGGGACGUCAGGGUCGCGCUCUGAUUGGCUCCCGGCCGGAGCCCCCCGACGCAGCUGUGCCGCGAGCUCCGCCACAGCAGAUGGACCCCUCGCGCUCUCCUCCUCCUCCCUCUCCUGCUGGUCCUGGAUGCACGCGCCCCAGUGAUUGUUUCCAACGGCAGGAGAGCGAACGAGUUGACCGAGGAGGAGUUAACCGUUAACGGACAGUUCAGCCGUAACGGAGAAGAAGAGGAGCGACGGGAGGAGGUGGUGGUGGAAGAGGAGAACCGGAGAACCGGAGAGCCUGCCGUCCCUCGGGUUUGCUGCUCCCUUUUUCUGGUGACUCAACAACAUCACACAGUCUUCACUACGCUCCUCUCAUGCUGACUGAGAAUGGAUGAUAUAACGGACGGGGUUCAGAUUGGAGAGAACAAGUUCAUCAGGAAGGCAACCGUCCUCUCACAUCUGAAGACGUACAACCUUUAUUAUGAAGGGCAAAAUCUACAGCUCAGACACAGAGAGGAAGAGGGGGAGCUGAUCAUCGAGGGCUUGCUGAAUAUCUUCUGGGGUCUUAGACGACCAAUCAGGCUACAGAUGCAGGAUGACCACGAGCGAAUCCGGCCGCCCCCCUCCUCGACGUCCUGGCACUCGGGCUGCAAUUUGGACAGUCAAGGUUCCCCCAACAGCACAGAUGGUCAACAGACGACACAGCAGAGCCCGCCCACAGUCGAAGUGACGCCACCUGACAACCAACCAGAGGGCAACGGUGUGACGGUAGAACAAGAAGAAGAGGACAGUGAGAGCUCCGCUCAGCUCCUCAGGACAAAGAGUGAUGCCGGCGUCUUGAGACGGGGCCAGCGACGGUCACCGAGCGACCAGAGGAAGAUUCGACGCAACCGCUUCUCUAUAAACGGACACUUCUACAACCAUAAGACUGCAGUGUUUACUCCUGCUUUAGGCUCAGUGACUAAUGUUCGGAUCAACAGCUGCAUGACGACACCUCAGGUGCUGCGAGUUCUCCUCAACAAGUUUAAAAUUGAAAACAGCCCGGAUGAUUUUGCACUCUACCUCGUCCAUACGAGUGGAGAGCGUGUGAAGCUGAAGCGGAGUGACUAUCCUCUGUUGCUGAGAGUCAUGCAAGGCCCAUGUGAGCAGGUCUGCAAGGUUUUCCUCAUGGAGGAAGACCUGGGAGAAGAAGUCACGUAUGAUGUGGCGCAGUACAUCAAGUUUGAAAUGCCUGUCCUGCAGAGUUUCAUCACCAAACUGAAGGAGGAGGAGGACAGAGAGGUGCAGAAACUGAGGAAAAGGUAUACGUAUCUGCGGUGUAUCAUUGAGAAGCAGCUCAGAUGUCUUCCAGAGGGGGCAACGUGUAUGUGAUCUGCUCAUCAGACUGUCAAAGGUACCACAUCCUCCACCCAGCUGUGACCAAGACAGUGACCAAGAAUCAGCUGACAGCAACCCCAGUGUAUGUGUUUCAGCGAUUACCCUGCUCCUCCUGAAUUCCUGCCUCUGCAUGGAGCCUUUUUUCAGAAUCAUCCGAUGAGUCAACCGACACACAAAACUUUAACAUGCUAUAUCGUGUGCAUGUGAAGUGGGACCACUUCAGCAAUAGUCUUUAGACACAAUCACUUCUUCUCGUCAUUACAUACAGUCCACACUGAGAGACAUUCCUCUACUCAUGAGUAGUUUUAACAGUUUCACGGUGUAGUGUUUUGCAGAAUGAGCCUAAAAUGAGACGUCCUGUCUUCUGUUUACCCUUCAGAUUACAAGCUGAUGCCCAAAAUCAAUUUAAAGCACAAAUAUCUCACAAUAUGGUCUUAAUAAAGUGCCUGUUUUAAAGGUUUCUCAAAGCACAAAGACACAAACUCUGAUCAUAUGUUUUGAAUUUACUGCCCCUUUGGAAAUUUUUUGGGAAAUUGACCUGGAAAGUACAAUAGAACAACAUCAGACCAUACAGUUGAUGUGAAACCAACCAAACCACCAAGAAAAUGUUGUGCCCUCAAAAGCUACGUGCCUUUAUCCCUCACUGUUUGAGAAUUUGAGGGGGAAAAAUGACCCUCUCCAUUUUAUCUCAGUUGAGAAGUUCACCGCAAGAUUAUUGAAGGUCUUGUGAACAGAAAAUCUGUCUGUGUUGUGAUCAUCACUCCGUUGGUGGUCCGAUGAAGACAACUGUCUGUUAUUUCACUGCAGGCAUUUGGACUGAAUGUUAAAGACAUUUCAUGAUUGAAUUAAAGGACUAGUUUGAUAUUGCUGGAAACAUUUUCUUGCCCAGAGUUAGAUGUGUGUAGGCUAUAUUUGUGUAACUACAGCCAGCAGCUGCUUAACUUAGCAUAGAACAAGACUGGAAUCAGCUCACCUGGCUUUGUCCGAAGAUAACAAAAUCCACUUACCAGCACCUCGUAAAGCUCAAAUGAUGUCAAUUUUUUUUCUAAUAUAUACAAAAACCAAAGUCUAAAACUUUAUUUGUGUUAUUUCAGGGAAUUAUGCACCAGACUAUUGCUUGGGACAUAUAUUUGCGGGUAACCCCCCCUGUAAAACAGCAUUAUGUUGGUUUUACACUUUGAUUUUUAUACAGACUAAAUGAACAGGAAAUAAAGGAUUAAUUAUUAAACUUUAGAGGUGCUGGUAGGCAGAUUUUGUUACCUUUGGACAGAGUUAGUCAAACUAUUUCCUCCUGUUAAUAGACUGCACUGAAGUAGCUACCAUGACGGCACCCAUUGGUUUGUGGACUCCAGAUUUGAAGUUUGGCAUUUGGGCUUUUGCAAUCUUUGUUUUUUGGAGCCAGAACUGACCACAUUUGCACCAUUUUUACAGCCCUUCAUUCUGUAUAAAAGGUACAACUGUUGAAUGGGGGGGACAUAGUUGUUUAGCCUUUAAGCAGGCAGUAGUGGUAGUAAUAGCGCUAAAUCUACAUCUGUGCGAAAAGGACAGCCGGCAGGACUGAAGUGAUGUAACAUUUUGACGACAUGUUAUACAUGCUACUUACUGCCAGAAGAUUUAAAAAGCAGCUGCAACAGUUAGCAGCUAUCUCAAAGAAGAACAGCAACAGAAAAAUGCUGCUUAUUGGGAAAACAAAGAGGUCAGUUCAGUUUAAUUCAAUUCAAUUCAACAGAACUGUAUUUAUCCUGAAGGAAAUUCUUGUGCCAGAGAAUCCUUCAAAUUACAGUAACACUAAGUGCAGUAACCACAAUUAAACGUUCACAACCAGUAACAACCAGAACAACCUGUGGGUUCCUCUGGGUCAGGGUCACUCACUGGGCCCAGUUUUAGAAACAAUAGAGUAUUAAAUAUCUGGCAAAAUAUACAAAUACACAAGAUUAGAAGUGUUUUCAAGGAGCAAAAGCAAAACCAGUGCCUAAAAGAGUAACAAUAGGAGUAAGAUUAGCAAAGAGUAACUAAAAUGGUGGACAACAAGGCAUGCUAUCUAAAAUCAUACACCAGGGUGGCAUAAUACCGGCAUUGUUUGGGUCUGUAUAAAAAAACCAAAGCCGGCAUUGUGAAGGGGUUUUUGUUGCAGCAGUAGUGGGAUCUCUGUGUUAAAAGGGAACUUACAGUGGCCAUGCCCUGAAUUACGCGUAACUUUAAAGCCUCAAGUGAAAAUUGUAGUAACUGCAGUUUUUGGCACCUCAGCGUCGGCUUCAUUUUUCAGCCCCAGAGGUUGCAGCUUGGCCCUGUUUCCAGUCUUUGUGUUGAGCUAAGAUAACGUGCUGCUUGCUGUAGCUUCACAGAGUGCUACCUAUCAUUUUAUCAAACUCUCGGCAAGAAAUCAAAUCAUCUUAUUUAACAAAACCAUUCCUUUAAAGAAAGAAAAAAUCCAACCUGAAACAACACUUUUGGGGUUUUCUGAUGUAUCGUCCUCACUUGCAUUCCUGCCUUAUGUAAGAUGACAAGAAGAUGUUGACAUUUUAAAAGUAAAAUAAUGUUUGACAGCACAAUUCUCCACACAAAGACUCCCGGUCAGAAGUUGGACAUGUGGACUGACUGCACAAAAAUGAAAGAAUAUUCACGGGUGGACUUCCCGUUUUUGUUUUUGUUUUGUUAUUACAUCCAACAGAGAAGGACACGAGUGAAAUCCCACAAGACUGUGAAUUAUGUCGAUGAUCUUUGUAAGAAGAAUGUUGUAAAUGUAUGAAUGACAAAGCAGCAAAGUUUGCCUCCACAUGUACAGCGCUUUGCUUCUGUCUGCCCGUCCGUUCAGUGUCUCUAACACCGUUGUUGAAAACCUCGCCGUACAGUACAAAGUGUCAUCAACAGUGUGUGUGCGAUUCUGAGAGUGUGCAUGUUAUAUUUUUAGUGACUCUUCAGACUUGCCUGCUUUUGUAUUGUGUCUUUUACAAAAUAAUGAUCUUUAAGAUGUUCAUGCCACUACUUGGACAAUGUAGGUUUUUCGUACAAUGAUUGUUAUUUAAUAAAAAAAGAAAGUUAUCUUGAGAAAAAAAGAUGAACAUAUGUAUCUGUAUAAUUCUCUUUAAGUCUUGUUUAGGUCAGUGGGUGAAAGGCCUUUCACGUUAUAUAAUGACGAUUAAAUCUUGUUGUGUAACCUAAAGUAAGAGAAGAGAUAUAUAACAUCAGUCGAAGCUUCGGGAGAGUUCGUUCAGUGCUCGGGUUAAAUCAUUCAGACUAAAUUAGACACACAAAUGUACGCCCACACACACCCACAGGUAUUUAUGUGUGAUGUCGUUAGUGGUGCAGCAGCUUACUGCAGCCAAUGAGCAGGUGUGAGACGCAGUGAUCCACUCCACCUGAUGGAGAUUGUCUGGAGGAUGACAGCCUGGCCCCAAAACAUACUUCUUACUGUCAGAAGAGUCUGAGCUGCAAACAAACGCUGUGGGGUUUUUACUGUCAGCAGAGGAACGUCAUCUGUCUCCUUCACAAAGAGCCGCUCAACAGGAUCAAAAUAAUGUCUGGCCUGCACAAACUCCCCCUCACAGUGGCCCUCUGCCUGCUGCUCCUUGCCACACUGUUACCCAGCUCUGAGGCACGGCGUGGUGGUCGUGGUGGCUUUGGAGGUGGAGGUUUUGGCCGAGGUGGAGGCUACAGCCGAGGCUGGGGUGGCGGUGGGGCGGGCUACAGACCCGUCCAGAGCAGUGGACCCAGUGCAGGGAAAGUAGCUGGGGCAGCUGCAGCGGGCGCCGUAGGAGGAGCAAUGCUGGGAUCUGCCUUGAG